CAGGUGUAUAGUUUUAAGAUAUAGGCAUGAAGCUUCUAGUGGUUUUACUCGCUUCGGUAGCAUUGUGUGCUGGAGGUGCAAUUCCCCAGAUCCCAGGGGAUAACAGCCACUAUGUCGAAGGCGAGAGCCGCUAUAUUUGGAUGCCCGAUGGGGAGGGUAAGCCUCAUCUAGUAGACCUUCAAGCUCCACCCGAAGAGGAGAUACUGCGUACCCGAAACGGUGCUAACAAUCAAUACUGGCUGUACACUAGACACAACCCAACAACUCCUCAGAUCCUCAUAAAUGGGGACGCUAACUCCGUACAGAGUUCGAAUUUUCAAGCGAACCGUCCCACAGCAGUCAUCGCCCACGGCUGGAACAGCGAUGGGAACUCUGAAGUGAACACCCUCAUAACAUCAGCAUUGUUAGCUGUCGAUGACUGCAAUGUUAUUGUCCUUGACUGGAGAAGCGCAGCAAGCGGACUUUACACGACAUCCGUGCUAUUGGUACCGAAUGUGGGUCAGCAUCUCGGAAAUUUCCUGCAGUGGCUAAUAAACACUACUGGUAGUAGCUGGACUCAAAUACAUCUGAUUGGACACAGCUUAGGAGCACAUAUUAUGGGUAACGCAGGUCGCCACGUUUGGAGUCAGCCCUGGAGAAUUACAGGUUUGGAUCCCGCUGGGCCCCAAUGGGGAGGAAACUCGAACGCACUCAACCGCUUCUCUGGAGUCCACGUGGAGUCCAUUCAUACUGAUGGUGGUCUUCUUGGAAUCAUGGACCCGAUAUCUGACGCUGACUUCUAUCCCAAUGGCGGGAGGAAUCCUCAGCCUGGCUGUUUCAUAAGUACCUGCUCUCACAGCCGGGCGUACGAACUCUUCGCGUCCAGCGUCAGGACUAACCAUUUCGUGGGCAGGCUAUGUGAGAACUUCAGCCAGGCAGAGAAUAGUCAGUGCACUGGAUCUGGUCUGAAUAUGGGAAACAAUAUACUUACAAAGCGCGGGUACGUUGUUAUAGUUACAAUGUCCUGUAUCUUCAAGUCACGCAAAUCUUUACACUAAGUACUAUACGUUUUUUUUCUUAUAUAUUCACAGAACAUAAUUGAAUUUUCUGUUUCAGAUUUGGGCU